UAUCCGGUCAUACUGGGGCAACAAAAUGAAAUGUAAAGUGAAGCAAAAUCGUAAAUAUUAGGAAAUUUGGCCCAUUCGGAAGCCCCGAGAGCUUGUUGAGUUGCGAGGCAGACACGAAUUAAAUUGCAUUUAACCUCGUUGCCGAGAAGAUACCAAAUACUCAAGUCUGGAGCCGGCUGGACGCGGAGAAAAAAGUGAAAACUACAGCUGCCUCACACCCGAAUCAAACCCGCUAUUGGUGCCAUGUCAGCUCCGCUGGCCAGAAAUUGGCCGUAUAUAUGGCAACAGCUGAACGCCCUGCUGCACAACACCUCCCCGGUCAUCACACUAAUAUGCGUGGUGACCACCUUCGGCUACCUGCUUUCCUUCUCGGAGACCGCUAUCCUGCUACUGAGCGUCACGCCCGGUUACAUCCUGCCCAAUGGGAAGUUCUGGAUAUGGACCGCCUUCACGUUCUGCUUCAUCGAGCUGCACUGGUGGGAGGUGGCUGUUGACGUGGUGACCGUGGGUCUAUGUGGAAAGAUGCUGGAGCCGUUGUGGGGGCAGCUGGAGAUGUUCAAGUUCUUUGCAUUGAGCAAUUUCGGGGUGUCGUUGCUGACAACCAUUUACUACCUUUUCUACUACAUGGUAACCAAGAACCCGACUAUACUCUUCGACGUUCACAUUCACGGAUUGGCCGGAUACGUGGCCGGCAUUUGCGUUGCUGUCCGCCAGAUAAUGCCCGAUCACCUGAUCUUCAAAACACGCUACGGACGUUUGACCAAUAGAAACGUUCCUCUUACUGUUCUCAUUAUGGCCAUUAUAUUAUGGGCUGUUGGUCUUUUGGACGGCACUUAUCCGGCAAUGUUUGCUUCCGGAUCUUUGGUCUCUUGGAUCUAUUUACGAUUCUUCCAACACCAUCCAAAUGGAAGGGGGGACAGCUCAGAAAGCUUUACAUUUGUCAGCUUCUUCCCGAACGUGACCCAGCCGUUUAUCAGCGUUCUGGUUAAUCCCAUUUAUAAUUGCUGCUUGCGAGCGGGCGUAGUAAAGACGCCCACGCCGUUGCGAACGAUAUCCACUUCCAGCUUAUCGUCAAUAUCCGUGCAAAUGCCGGGUGUAGAUCCGCACGAUAUUGAGCGUAGGCGACAAAUUGCAUUGAAGGCUCUGAGUGAACGGCUUAAGGCCACGGACUCCACCAAGCACUCUCAGCUUCCCAAGUCUUUUCCGCAGCAGCAGCAGUUGCAGCAUCAGCACCAUCAUUCGCCCCACCAACAGCACAAGCAUCACGGUCACAGUCAUAGCCAAGGUGCUGGACAUAGUCAUAGCCAUGGUGCUGGACAUAGUCAUAGCCAUGGAGGGGGACACGGUCACAGCCACGGGCCUGGACCCGUUCAGACUCCGCAACCUGACUUCCUGAAGCCCACCAGCAGCUCCGGACAGCUGCCCAUCACAACGUCACGAGCGGAGCCGCGCAUGAUCAGCACCAUGAGCCCAAUUGCAAUACCAAUGCCGGCGCCCCCGCCUAAGGAAGGAACCGGUUCGGCAUCGUCGGCCGGAGCCGAAGCAACACUUAUUAAUCUAGACGACGUCCCUUCCACGUCUUCGACGGCCUAGACAGUGAUUUUUUUCAAACAUAAACUAAUAUUUUGAUAUUUAAACGAAUGAUCCAAUGAUUUAAGCCCGUUUUUUGUAUGGUUCUCCAAAAAGUAUGUUAGCUUGACCACCUUGUAAUUACCGUUCGUGUGUUUUGUAGUGUCCUGUAGAUUUGCUUGCUUGCUGCGCACAUCGCCGGCCGUUAUCUUUACGAAUUAAUAACGAGAAAGAAUACCUUCCAGGCGAAAUUUAGAGUCUUUACACAUGUAGAUGCAUACUUUCUGUUGUAGUCCUUACAUUUAAAUGAAAAUAAUGCUUUAUUUAGUUCAUAACUGUAAAUAUAUUUAAAAAGCGAAA